AUGGCCGCGCUCGAAGACCUUCCGUGGAUCGAUUCCAUGGCACUCCCAAUGAACUCCCAAGACCAUGGCCAGUCUGACUCUCAACCGCCGACGGUCGCUCCUUUCUCGCCCUCUACCAUCACUGGAUCCGCCUUGAGCUCACGCCAGCGCUCCAGUGUCAUCGUACACCGAAAAUCUCCGCUGCUGGUUGCUACACCGCCGGCCAUCACCCGAGCCCUGGCCUACUCGCACCCGUUUCUCCUGCCGUUGAACAAGCUUGCGGGCCUGUUGACAUGGACAACUGGGGACCCGUGGCAGAGCUUCCUGCUCGUGGCUGUUUUUUGGACGGUGGUGCUAUAUAGCGAUGCCAUCAUUCUGUGGGCAGGCCCGAUUUUAGUAGUGAUCGGAUUGAUCCUGGGCAUGUAUGGCCGUCGCUACUCACCUUUGUCAUCAACGACCUCGACGGGUGAGAAGCACCAGAGCAGAGCUGCGGCGGAAACGACCCGCCACCACAAAAGUCUGGAUGACAUCGUUGAAACCUUGCGCAUAUUCACAACCAGAUGCAAUAUCCUGCUCGAGCCUUUGCUCGAUUUGACCGAUUUCCUAUCCACUCAGCGAACCCCAACAUCUGCAACUACUCGGCCGGCGCUUACUGCUCUCUUCAUCCGAAUUCUCCUUGUCACUCCCAUUUGGAUCGGUCUUACCCUUCCGCCUCUUUACCUAAUUACCACCCGACGUGUCGUCAUGACCGUCGGUACUAUCGUCCUCACCUACCACUCGCGACCUGCACGGGUCUCACGUGUAAUUCUAUGGCGGUCUCGAGCAGUCCGCCGCCUAUGCUCCAUUAUCACAGGGCUCUCCGUCGCAGAUGGCCCAAGCACACCGAAAGCCCCAGCCCAAGGUCAGGGCCAGGGCCAAGGCCAAGGGCUGAAUAUAUCAACACGGCGGCGUGGGGACGGCUCUGGAGUGCGAUUCACGUUCGUCAUGUAUGAGAACCAACGACGCUGGCUUGGAAUUGGCUGGACAUACUCUCUGUUCCCGUCAGAGCGUGCUGCCUGGACAGAUGAACACCUCAACUCUGUUCCACCGAAAGACUCUUUUGAAUUGCCCGAUGUUUCCACCGGUGGCUCGAAAUGGCGUUGGGUGGAGGGUAGUGAGUGGCGCGUUGAAGGCGCGGAUCUUUCUACUAAAUCAGGAUCCAAGACCGCCGCGAGCGAGGGAUGGAUCUAUUACGAUAACAAGUGGAAUGAUGGCCGUCGCGCUCAAGACGGUUGGGAUCGAUAUACCCGCCGACGUAAAUGGUAUCGCGAUGCUGAACUGGUCGAGGUGCAACCAGAUGGCUCCGACGAGACCGUCUCAAAUUCCCCACAAGCUCAGGUAAAGGAAGAGGAAAAGGAUUCCGAUCCUGAAUCGCUAAGUCUCUCAUCUACAAUACCCCUCAAAGCGCGCAGACGGGGCUGGUUCCGCGGCAAGGACAAAGAUCACGUCAGGAGCACUUCAAAGGACCAAAAUCGUGCCACAGGAUCAAAUUUCGGAGCCUCUCAGGAUGGUGCCGGCAGCAACAAAGGCACACCGUCGCGUCCGAUAAGCGUUCGCAAUCCGUCCCAGUACAGCAUCAGGGAAGGUAGCGUGGGAACGAGCGAUAGCACUAGUCUGCGCGAAGGAGACUCCUCCAUGCAAGACCACCUCGAUCGAUGGUCGACCAGGGCAGCGGGGGGCACAGAACGAGCUGAAAGGGAAUUCGGGUUGAGUGAUGACGUGAAUAUGGGAUUGAGUUGA